AUGAAUAUGCUACAUGAUGUUUUCCCGUAUGCUUCAAGAUAUGAAGAAGAGGCAAUUGAUGAUGAUGCCCCCAAUGUCAAUGAGCCAGUUGACAUGUCUAAUUAUGAGAAGUAUAGCAGGCUUCUCGAACAAGCCCAGACACCAGUGUAUGACGACUGUCCAGUUUCAGUUUUGAGUGCCAUCAUGUCACAGAUGCAUUUGAAAGUAAAGCACAGAACGAGUAAUGGACAUUAUGGAGACUAUUCAAAGUUUAUCAAAACUUUGCUUCCUCCUAUAAAUAGACUUCCUGAGAGUCAUUAUAAGACAAAAAAGAUCUUAGGCGACCUCGGCCUUGAUUAUGUGAAGAUCCAUGUCUGUAAGAAUAAUUGCGUGCUGUUUUACGGAGAUUACAAGGAUGCUAUCUACUGUCCCAUUUGCAAUGGGCCGAGGUAUGACGAGGAUGCUUCUUCAGAUAAAGGGAAACCUGUUCCUGUGAAGGUUCUUCGUUAUUUCCCGUUAACUCCGAGAUUGCAGCGUCUGUACAUGUCAUCAGAGACUGCAGAGGAGAUGAGAUGGCACGGUCUUCCUAGGGAAGAUGACAGUGUUUUGAGACACCCCUCAGAUGGGGAGGCUUGGAAAUCUUUUGACGCAUCAUUUCCUGAUUUUGCGGAAGACGUUCGAAAUGUAAGGCUCGGACAAGCAACAGACGAGUUCAAUCCUAGCGGCAAUAUGACUCUGUCUCAUAGCAUUUGGCCUGUUAUUUUAAUGCCGUACAACUUACCACCGUGGAUGUGUAUGAAGAAAUAA